AUGGAACUGUCGAAUCAGUAUAUGACUGCAGACACCAACAAAACUGCAAAAAUUGUAGUCAAACUACUAGAACCUCUUCUUGGUCGUGAACACACAGUGUGGAUGGACAAUUUUUAUAAUUCACCAGAUUUGGCACGUUUUAUGAAGUCCAAGAAAACAGACUGCGUUGGAACUUUACGUGCCAACAGAAAAAAUGUCCCUCCUGAAGUGAAGAACAAGAAAUUGAACAAAGGAGAGCACUAUGGUCAACACUCCGGAGAUGUGGCAGUUCUCGCUUGGCAAGACAAGAAGCGAGUCACCAUGUUAUCAACAUACCACAAAGAUGAUAUGUGUGUGACUAUAAACAAAGCCAAGCGAGAAGAGAUAAAGCCUCUCGUAGUUCGAGACUACAAUAAAAACAUGUUGAUCUGA